AGCCAUUUUGUCUUUUAAUAAGAAAGCAUUUUCAAACAAUUAAUAGUAAAUACCAAUUAACGUGGUCCCUCUUGGAACUAACUUGCAAAGCUUAGCUUGCUUGACAAUGGCAAACCAAAAGCACCUCCUCACUUUCUUACCCUCUCUUUUGCUCAGUCUUAGCCUCUUGGGUCAUGAGCCUUUGUUGAUGGCCGCAAAGGAGGUGAUACCAGUAGGUGUAGUUCUUGAUUUGAAGUCUCCAGUGGGAAGAGUGGCAGAGAGCUACAUGUCCAUGGCACUCAAUGACUUUUAUGCUGUGAAUUAUGACUAUCACACCAGACUUGCUCUCUUCACAAAGGAUUCUGGGGAUGAUGUCAUUACUGCAGCAUCUACAGCAAUGGAUUUAAUGAAGCAUGAAGAAGUACAAGCCAUUAUAGGACCUCAAAGUUCAGCACAAGCUAGGUUUGUGAUAGAACUUGGCCGCAAAGCUCAAGUUCCCAUCAUUUCCUUUUCAGCCACAAGUCCCUCUCUUUCUCCAUCCCAGAACCCGUUUUUCAUACGCACAACCCAAGAGGACUCCACACAGGUUAGAGCCAUAUCAGACAUUGUUAAGGCCUUUGGUUGGUGGGAAAUUGUCCUUAUUUAUGAAGACACAGAUUAUGGAAAUGGUUUGAUUCCAUAUUUAAUGGACGCAUUACAAGAGAUUGACACUCGGGUGCCUUACAGAAGUGUCAUUCCACCAUCUUCAAAUAAUACUGAAAUCAGUGAAGAGCUUGAAAAGUUAAAGGCAAAUCAUACAAGAAUAUUCCUUGUUCACAUGGCUGCUUCACUUGGCUCCAAACUCUUUGCACUUGCAAAGAAUGCAGGAAUGAUGAGUGAAGGGUAUGCAUGGAUCCUCACAGAAGGGUUAUCAUCUUUGCUAGAUCCUAUGGGCUCAAAGGUCAUGGACUCAAUGCAAGGUGUACUGGGAAUAAGGCCAUACAUACCGCCGUCUAAACAUCUAAAAGAUUUUGAAAGAAAAUGGAAGAGAAACUUAACCUCAAUCAGAAUAAAGAGCAAGAGUACUACUAGCUUAAACUUCUUUGGAUUAUGGGCAUAUGAUACAGUUUGGGCAUUGGCUAUUGCAGUGGAGAAGGCCGGCAUAGUGCAUUCUAGCUUCUUGAAGCAAAAUGAUAGCAGCAGUAAAGUUGAUCUUGCAACUUUAGGCAUUUUUGAAUUGGGUACAAAGCUUUGCAAUGCAAUCCUAACUACUACGUUUCAAGGCCUAAGUGGAAAUUUUCAUUUGAUUAAUGGACAGUUGGAGCCAUCAGUCGUUGAAAUAUUCAAUGUGAUAGGAAAAACUGAGAGGAUUAUUGGAUAUUGGACCCGACAGAGAGGAUUUUCACAAAAUUUGAAUUACACUGGUAAAGAGGCAUACUCAACAUCAAAGGACAAACUUAAACAACCCAUCUGGCCAGGAGACACAACGGAGCAGCCGACAAAGUUAAGGAUUGGGGUUCCAGUUAGAAAAGGUUUUAAAGAAUUCCUGAGAGUGGACUGGCCUACUGAUAAGCCAAGCAUAUCUGGGUUCGCCAUUGAUGUGUUCCAUGCUGUACAAGAUGCAUUACCCUUCCCCCUUCCUCAUGAGUUUAUUCCCUACACGAAUAAACAUAGGCAGAGUAAUGGAUCAUACGAUGAACUUCUUUACCAAAUUAAAAUUCAGAAGUACGACGCAGUUGUUGGAGACACGACAAUUGUGUCAAAUCGCUCCUUAUAUGUUGAUUUCACAUUGCCUUAUACAGAAUCAGGCGUAUUGAUGGUGGUUUUGAUGAAAGUUGAUGUGAGCAGAAACUUGUGGAUUUUCUUAAAGCCACUAAGCUCAACCCUUUGGUUAACAACUGGUGUAGCUUUCAUCUUUACAGGUUUGGUAAUAUGGGUUCUUGAACAUCGUGUAAACCCUGACUUUAGAGGCCCUCCAAAGCAACAACUUGGGUUGAUUUUUUGGUUCUCCUUCUCAACACUUGCCUUUGCUCAUAAGGAAAACGUGGUAAAUAAUUGGUCAAGAUUUGUGCUUAUUAUAUGGAUUUUCGUGGUACUCAUCCUGACUCAAAGUUAUACUGCAAGCCUAACCUCAAUCUUAACAGUACAGAGAUUGCAGCCUACAUUUAUUGACAUAAAAGAGAUUAAAAAUAAUGGCUAUUUUGUUGGAUAUCAAAAGGAUUCCUUUGUCAAGGGGCUUCUAAUAAAACAAUUAGAUUUCCCUGAGUCAAAGUUGAAGCCGUAUGUGACCCCUGAGGAGUAUCAUGAAGCAUUGUCAAAAGGAACUCACAAUGGUGGGGUUGCAGCUAUUUUUGAUGAAAUUCCUUAUAUCAAGCUCUUCCUUGCUAAAUUUUGCUCUAGAUAUACUGUGGCUGGACCCACCUACAAAACUGAUGGAUUUGGCUUUGCCUUCCGACAAGGAUCUCCAUUAGUACCUUACUUUUCGAGGGCAAUCUUGAAUGUCACUCAAGACAAAGAGAAAAUUGGAGCCAUUGAACAGAAGUACUUUUCAAAUCAAACUACAUGUGAAGAUCAAAGUGCUACAAUCCCUUCACAUAGUCCUAGUCUUGGUGUGGACAACUUUGGAGGCCUCUUCCUCAUUGCAGGAAUCGCUUCCUUGGCCUCACUCAUGGUUUAUCUAUUUAAGUUCAUUUACUCACAUUGGCCUGUUUUGAGUGACGACAAUCCCAACAACUCUUGUUGGUACAAAUUAGUUAAAAUGGCAAAACAUUUUGACCAAAAAGAUUUCUCUUCGCAUACCUUUAAAGGAGAAAGUCAGAAAGGUUCUGAUUUCCACUAAAGGAAUUCCAUUGAAGUAACCGAUGGUGUGGUUAUACACGAUGACAACAUAAGUCUUUCUUCAAAUUCAAGGUGAUAUAAAAUAGAUUGUUUGGGUCUAUUUUUUUCAUUUGUUAAAUUUUUAUAUUUUCAUGUAAUUUUUCUUAUUUUAGGAUUUAUCAUUUUUUUCCCCUUCAUUUUAGGACCCUUUCCUAGUUAAAUUAAAGUCUAUAUUACAUAUCAAUUAGGAUUUGUUUAGGAAUAUUUUCUGUAAGGACCCGUUUCGCAGCCCAAACCCAAGGUGUAUGAUCUUGGCCCAAUGAGUCCAGUAUAAUGAAUUUGUAGAGAGUGGGUUAAAGAACUAAACCUUAAUGAGUUGAACAAUGACUAGUAUUGAGUUAAAUUACAAUCAAACACAAAUAAGAGAUUCUGAUAUCAAUGGAUUUACAGUUCGAGGA